GGAGGGAGGUGUAUAGAGACAGAAGUUUUGGCUGGUUAACAUGACACCACAUGGAGCCUUGGUGUUGAGUCCCUUAGCUCCCUGGUCUAUUGUGUCACGUUAUUGGGGACCUGAUUGUCUGUGGUCUCAGGGUUCAGGUCAGUGGGACUCAAUGUACAGAGGCCAGUCAUAGUGUAGAGAGAGCAUGUGCCAGUGUGUGUGUGUGUAUGGGAAGAGCAGGAAGAGAGCUUGAGAUUGCUGGGGUCAACCAAUACUGGCAUGCCAGUCCAGCACACAUAUCACCUAGUUUUUCUAUGUGUAUGCCGCCUAUGAGUGGGCGGUGAACAUAUUUGUGUGUGUGCCAUAGAACUUGUGCAUGUAUAUGCAUGAAGCCUCCAUACAUGCGUCUGUGAGGGCAGGUCCUGUCCGACUCGCCUUUGGGGGCGGACUGGCAGCAGCAGGAAAGCAUGCUGGGAGAGGCGAUGGAGAGGGCGCAUCCCUCGAAAGGAUCCCUCCCACUUUCACACUUCCAUUCCUUCUAUCCUUCCUCCCCACUAGUGAAUUAUGGGGGAUGGACAGAGGAAAUCCGGGCCUGGGUCUGGGAGUCGCAGAGGCCUGCGCCGUUUCUGUGCCUGCGGCGAGAGGGCUACACGGUGCAGGUGAAUGUGAACGAUUAUUUGGAUAUUUACUGCCCGCACUACAACAGCUCAGGGGUGGGCCCGGGGGCGGGGCCAGGGCCCGGAGGCGGGGCGGAGCAGUACGUGCUGUAUAUGGUGAGCCGGGCAGGCUACCGCACCUGCAACGCCACCCAAGGCUUCAAGCGCUGGGAGUGCAACCGACCGCACGCUCCCCACAGCCCCAUCAAGUUCUCGGAGAAGUUCCAGCGCUACAGCGCCUUCUCUCUGGGCUACGAGUUCCACGCGGGCCACGAGUACUACUACAUCUCCACGCCCACCCACAAUCUGCACUGGAAGUGUCUGAGGAUGAAGGUGUUCGUCUGCUGCGCCUCCACAUCGCACUCCGGGGAGAAGCCGGUCCCCACUCUCCCCCAGUUCACCAUGGGCCCCAAUGUGAAGAUCAACGUGCUGGAAGACUUUGAGGGAGAGAACCCCCAGGUGCCCAAGCUUGAGAAGAGCAUCAGCGGGACCAGCCCCAAGCAGGAACACCUGCCCCUGGCGGUGGGCAUCGCCUUCUUCCUUAUGACACUCUUGGCCUCCUAGCUCUGCCCCCUCCCUUGGCGGAGAGAGAUGGAGUGGGGCUGGCACAGAGCAGGGAGCCUUUGGCCUCUCCAAGGGAAGCCUAACCUUGGGGCCUAGACCCCUCCUCCGAUGGCUGGAAGUGGGGUCUGCACCAUACAUCUGUGCCCACCCCUUCUGCCCCCUCCCCACCAAGUAGGACACUGUAGUGGACCAAGCGCAGGGACAGCCAAGGGUUCCAAGUGGCCUUGUGGCUCUGGUAAUGUUUGGUACCAAACCCGGGGGGCUAUAAGGGGCAGUGCUCAGGACUCCCUGCCCCCUGGUACCUUUCUCUGACCCCUGGUGCCCUCCCCCCUUGUGCCCCCCGAGAGAGACAAAUGUGCCCCAGAGAGAGCAAAUCGAAGUGUGGGAGACACCCCCAAUCACUCUCUUCCAGGGACAGAACAUGGGGAGGGGACUGGAUGGGCAAGGGGGUGGCACCGCCUGCUGCCCCCUUCCCCUGUUUACAGCAAUAAGCACGUCCUCCUCCCCCUACUCCCACUCCCAGGAUUAUGGUUUGGAUUGAAUCCAAGUUUACAAGUAGACACCCCUGGGGGGGCCGGCAGUGGACAAGGGUGACAAGGGGUGGGCAUUGGGGUGCCAGGCAUUCAUGUACAGACUCUAUAUCUCUAUAUAUAAUGUACAGAUGGACAGAGUCCCUCCCCCUCCUUAACUCCCUGACCUUCCUUGACAUCCCCUUCCAGCUUCAGACCCCUUCCCCACCAGGCUAGGCCCCCCACUGGGGGACCACCUGGCCCCUCUUUUGUCUUCUGUGAAGACAGGACCUAUGCAACGCACAGACACUUUUGGAGACCGUGAGACAACAACGCCCCCUCCCCUCCAGCCCUGAGCGGGGGACCCAGCUCCCAGGACCUUGCCCUGCCCAUCCUCUGUGGUCCCCACCCAUUCUCCUGGGCCUUUUUCAAGUGCUUUGGCUGUGACUUUCAUACUCUGCUCUUAGUCUAAAAAAAUAAACUGGAGAU